AUGCCCUCCCAGGGGGCCAGCUCACCAACGGACCCCAAUAGGAACCCCCCUCUGAGGCCUCUUGUCAAAGAUACUCCAUAUGUUCCCGGUGGAUCUGUGCCUCGGUGUGGACCUCUUCCUGCAGAGGUGAUGCGUGAGGUCAGUGUGAACUGCUCUGGUCCAGCAGGUCCAGGAGCAGUCACACAGGAGGUGAGAAGAACCAUCAGCUUGCCUGAGGAGUGCCGGAAUGUUUUCAUCACAUAUUCAGUGGAUGCAGCUGAAGAAAUCAUUCCCUUUAUCAAAUUUCUGACCAGUCAGGGAUUCAAUCCAGCAAUUGACAUAUUUGACACCCCCAUCAGAAGAAUGGGCAUCGCUAAAUGGAUGGACCGCUACCUGAAUGACAAAUCAGUGCUAAUCAUUGUGGUCAUCAGCCCCAAAUACAAGGAGGACGUGGAAGGAAUUGGAGACGAUGAGCAUGGCCUGCACACCAAGUACAUUCACAACCAGAUUCAAAACGAGUUCAUCCAACAAGGUUGUCUGAACUUCCGACUGGUUCCGGUCUUGUUUCCUAAUGCAACCAAGAAACAUGUACCUAACUGGCUCCAGAGCACCAGGAUCUACCACUGGCCCAGCGACACCCAGGACCUGCUGCUGCGCCUGCUCAGGGAAGAACGCUACAUCAUCCCACAGCGAGGCACCUACCUCACCCUCACUGUCCGUCCUCUCUAACAACCUGCAGAACGGGACUCAUGGAAGACAGGCUGACGGUCAAAACCUCAGUGCAGGUUUACUUAAAGGGAGCUUAGCUCUAGUCUCUUUUUUAUUUGGACUUUUUUUUCAGUUUGGUACGAUUAUGAUAUAUGGUACCUACAUUGUUUUAUGAUUUUACUCCUCAUAACAGAUGAAAAGUGACUAAAAGUUUGCAACAGUGGAAAUAAAUGACUCCCUUUUAACAGGAAAAGAACUCCAACAGAACCAGACAGACUCAUGAUGGGUAGUUAUCUGCUUUGACUGGCUGGGAUUCAAGAGGACAGAAAAGAGAUGGAAACAAAAACACAAGCAUUCGUUCAAGAUUACUGUAAUGUCCGCACUGUUGAGUGCACCUGAAUAUUAC